AGGAUAUGGUUUUAUUCUCUUUCCAAAAUAGCAAUGUGAGGCUCUAAGUUGCCCAAGAUAAACAUGGUAUCUUACUAUCUUUUGUGCUAGCUAGAGAAUGAAGAAAAAGUUACAGAAUGACCAUGAACAAGAACUUGAAAUCCUCAAGGCUGUGGCACAAGCCUGGCAGAGCAUCAGCAACUCCGGCAGCUCUAGGCCCAUGACGGAGUUUGACGCGCGCCGGAGAAACUACAAGGGCAGGUUACCGUCUCGGUUCAAGCUCGAAGCAAUGAGAAAAGCAGCAUCAUCUAGUGAGAGUGGUACCAAUGCAAAAUGGGACUUUGGACAAUCACUGUGGGAUGCUUAUGAGAUUGUGGCAGUGUCCAAAAGGUUAGAGUCAGGGUUAGUACUUGAUGGUGAGCUAGAUGGUUCUUCGGGUAGGGUCCAUCGGAGGCGUAGAGAGAGUAAGAACAGCCUCAGGAAUUUUUUUGAUAAAAGGUCUUCAAGGAGAUAUACUGAGGCUGUUAUACCACACACUGAUGAUGAUACUUAAUUCUACUUAUUUUCUGGGUUUUGGCAGCCUUAUUGCUAUUGCUAAUGUGAGAUUCAUUUAUUGGGUGCAUUAUGCACAUAACUUUUGACACUGGAGUUGCGCAACAAAAGAAGAAAAGUAUGAAUUUGUAUGUGCUUUUUCUUUCUGUUUGAAGCAACUUUCAUCUUCAUGUGCUAUGCUGCAGAUAAAAUUCUUGUAUCACUAAUGCUUAAAGAAUCAUUAUGGUUAGUUUCUUAUCUAUA